AUGCAAACAUUUUCAUUAUAUUCCCCAAUUAACUGCCAAAUUUUGCAUCCAGUUACAUUCAAGAGAUAUGGUAUGGCUAUUAUCCAAUUCAGUUCGGACAAGGAUCGCGAACUUGUAUUAUCUCGUGAAUCUCAAGUGAAAACAGAAUCUCAACUGAUUAUUGGCCGUCCACAGUACGAUUUCGAAAUCCUUUCAUUCGAAGAUGAAGAGAAGUUCCCAGAAGUGAUCGUUACACCCCCAUCUGCUUGCUAUUCUGAUCAACUUCAGUUCCAAUACUUUUAUGACUUCGAAAUCAAGUACUUAGACCAAUCCUUCAAGGUCAAUUCAUUUUUGGCAUCAAGUCUAUCCAACAAAAUUUCAGCCCAAUUACAAAACAACAUGAAUUCUCUUUCAAUUCAAUCAAAUGUCCACAUGAAAGGCCCAUUUAACCUCGUAUGCCAAUCCCUUAUGGGCAAUGAGAUCACAAUUACGUCCGAAAACGCCAUUUUCUUACUUCUUUGCGCUAAAGAUCUCGAAAUGAGUCAAUUAACCGAUGCUUGCAUGGAAUUCGUUACAGACAUGUCAGACUUCGACCUCAUGUUCCGAUUCGCUUCAGAUUUAUGCACAAAUGGCCUUGAUUACUCACAUCACGUAGAUUACAUCACAGAACACUUCAACACUCUCAAGGACGAGACACAAUUCAAAUCAUUACCUCUACAAAUGGUUUACGACAUUCUUACGAAGCUCCCGGCCGAAACAAAAGAUACAUCAAAUUUCGCGGACUGGCUUCUUUCUUUCCUCGGAGAAAAUGCAGAAGCUAGAGCUAGACUCGUAAACUUCUUGCCUUUCACGAAAAUUGAGGCAAAAAGUAUCCGAAAUAUCUUAUCUCGUAUUGGUGUCAAUAUGAACACUUUAAAGACAUCAUUGAUCAACAUUGUCGAUCACGGUUUCGAAGGACUUGACGAUGGCCCAACAGCCACCAUCAAAUGUCCGUAUUCUCAUUCGGAUCCAGAUUCCGGUAUUUUCUCAGCCCUUUCGAAGCGGAAUGGUUGCAAAGCCUCCAAAAUCAUUGAAGUAUCCUCUACAAGUGACAUUUGGAUGGUUAUUGACCCAAGUUGGAACAAAUCUUGGGUUUCCGCCUCAAUUCCUGACAUGUGGAUCAUGUUUGACCUUGAUGCCCGCAAGAACCCGAAGCAGCCCUUCCGUCGCCUUCAAGUAAAAUCCUAUACUUUGAGGACAGCUCUAUCUGGUGAAAUGGGACACCUCAAAUCCUGGGUUUUAGAAGGCGCAAACGAUCCAAACGACCAAUGGACAGUUCUCCACAACCAGCCGAAGUGUUCCGUACUCCGUGGUCCCGGAAAAUCCCAUACUUUCGAUACUUCCAACUCCAAACCGUUCAGAUACAUCAGAUUACGAAUGACAGGAAAGAACUGGGCGGACAGCGAAAGUCUCUGUCUCCAGUGCAUCGAGUUCUUCGGUGAAGUUUUCUACGGAGAGGACCAGGAGAAGAAGGAAAUCAUCAAAUACGAUCCUGGCAAAGAAUGGAACGGUUAUUUCGACUGGCUCAAACGGUUUUCAGAGGGAAAUCCAAUCUUUGCAGGUGAAAUUGCUAUUGAUUGUGCUUCUUCUGCAUCGAAUAUCGUUGAUAGCGGAUGGAAUGGUUACUGGAGAUCUCCUGAUACUCCUAAUUCUUUCGUUAUCUUCAAGUUCCCGAAUAUGAGUGUCUCAAUAGACAUGUACUUCAUGCAGACAUACAGCGGAUCAGGAAAUUGCUAUCCACAGACAUGGGUAGUUGAAGGAUCCAAUGAUGGUUUGAAAUGGGAUUUCAUCGACCAAAAAUCAAAAGUGACAAAUUUGAAGGGAUCAGGAAAGGGAGGUUUGUUCGCUUGCAAACCGUCUGAGAGGUUUAAGAUGAUAAGAAUUAAACAGAACGGAGAAAACAACGCUGGCCAACACUCUUUCAUGCUGUCUCACGUGGAAUUCUACGGAAGACUAUUCUUAUUCCAGUAA